AUGAGCCAUGUGGUUCGGAUGAUUCUCCGCAAGGAGGGCGUGCGGGGGCUGUGGCGCGGCACGGGGCCCACGUGCGUGCGCCUCGGGCUGGGCCUCGGGCUUUUCUUUGCCACGUUGGAUCCAGCCAUGCACGCUCUCGCCGCCCUAGAGAAUACCGUGGAGGAGAAGCGGAGGCGGAGGCGGCGGAAGGGGAGGGAGGAAGGCGGGGUGGGGGAGGAGGAGGAGAAGGGGGGUGCGCUGGGUGCGGAUGGUCGAAAGGGUGGGGUUUCAGGGGGGGUUACAGGCGCGGGUGCGGGUGCUGCGCAGUUCUCGUCGCGGGUUACGUUUAUGGCGGCGGUGGUUUCGAGAUCGCUGGCAGCUGCUGCGCUCGGUAUGAUGCUCUUGCUUUCACUGGCUGCUGCUGCGCUGUGCCCCGUUUCGGUGGUGAAGACCCGCAUGGAGGUUAGGGGAGAGGUGAAUGGGGGAACAGCGAAUGGGGUAGGUGGUGGUGAUGGCUUUCGCUACACCUUAGAGGUAACCACCAACACUAGCGGCAUCAUGCUCUUGCUUUCACUGCCUGCUGCGGCUGCUGCUGCUGCGCUGUGCCCUGUGUCUGUGGUGAAUAAUACCCGCAUGGAGGUGAGGGGAGAGAGGGGUGAAUGGGUGAGGGGAGGGAGGGGUGAAUGGGUGAGGGGAGAGAGGGGUGAAUGGGUGAGGGGAGAGAGGGGUGAAUGGGAGAGGGGAGAGAGGGGUGAAUGGGUGAGGGGAGAGAGGGGUGAAUGGCAUCUCUUGCUUUCACCGACUGCUGCUGCCCUGUGCCUCGUGUUCGUGGUGAAUACCCGCAUGGAGGUGGGGGGGGAGGGGGGGAGGACGGGGAGGAAUAAGUGUUGGAGAGGAGCAGCAGCGGGGGCUCUCGCAACCAUUCUUACUCACCCGCCUGAUGUGGUGCGAACCCAUCUGCAGCUGGCCACUCUGCGUGCGACACCUGGCAAGCCCCUGACCAUGCUCGGUGCCACGUCAGCCAUUUACAAGUCGCAGGGCCUACCUGGUUUCUUCCGAGGGGUGGUGCCGCGUGUACUGAAGCGAUCAAUGCAGCAGGCACUCACAUGGACUCUCUUUGAGCGCCUCUCGUCCGUUCUCUCUGGUAGGACGCUCGACACCUCACGUCGCCCCGCACUCGACUCUCUCCUUACUGGUCGCCCCACACUGGACUCCCUCCUUACUGGUCGCCCCGCACUAGACUCCCUCCUUACUGGUCACCCAACACUCGACUCCCUCACUCGUCGCCUCACACUCGACUCCCCCACUCUCCGCCCCGCACUCGAAAGUCUCUAG